GGCAACCGGGCUGCUGCAGGAACACGGGCCCGACUUGGUGGUUCCGGCUGCACAAUGCAACGGGCUCCUGUGAGGUACUGCUGGGACUUGGUACUAAGGCUUCGAGCCCACGGCCAGGGCUGGCAUUUGAACGCACGCAAGCAAGGUAUUCGACGAGUCUGCUCUUGCACACGCAUCCAUAUACGCAGGUAGAUGCCCGCAGCGUCGAAUCGUCCCUCGCUGACCCAUGACUGCGAUCCAAGCUCCCUACUUGUCAUAUAGCAAUGAGGUUAUAGACCAGAUGGACGGCGCACGUCCGAUAAACCUGCGCCGCGCUGCAGCUUGACUCGAUCCGAUUUCAAUGUCUCAAGCCCAAAUCCACGCGUGGCACGACCAUGCGUCACCGUCAGGGGGUUAGCCAGCCAGACACCGGCAAAGAAUGCGAAGUGUUGCAAGGGAGGAAGGUGCCAGCCGUCGCCCGCUGCGACACCUGUUACUUAAGGCCGCUAGCUGCUCCGAGUCACCCUCGGGCAUCUUCGACGGUGGCCGCUCAUACACUCUUUAUCCAUUGCCCGCUCAUUGUGAUUUCGAGUCGCGAGUCACAAUGGCGGCCAAGACGCUCUUUACCACCUGGGCCCUUGCCGCCCUCGCGGCCUGCGCAGCGAGCUUCGAAAAGGCCGCUGCCGUCCCAGACGGAUGGAGGAAGCUCGACGCCGAGCCCGAUUCCUCCAGACACCUGCAAAUGUCCUUUGCCCUGCAUCACCCCGCAACGGACGAGCUUUCAGACAAACUCAUGGCGGGGAUGCGCCUCUCGCUCGCCCAAGUCACCGACAUGAGAACGCCCAAGCAGCAGGAUGUAAAUGCCGUGCUUGAGUGGUUGGCAGAUGCCGGAAUCAAGCAGACGAGAGCCGAAACAGAUUGGGUCCAUGCCAGAACCACAGUCGGCGAGGCAGAGAAGCUGCUCAACAUGCGGCUACACCAGUAUUCGUUCGAUGGCAAGGCCCCUGUCCUCCGCACGACCGAGUACUCGAUCCCCGACGACCUGAACAAGAUAGUCAGCUUCGUUCAUCCCAUCGCAAACUUCAUGACGCCCACGCACGAAGUCGGCCUCUCUAAGCCGUUGGCUUUCGACCAGCAAGUCCAUCAACGCGACACGUACGACUGCAAGACGGGGAUCCGACCCGAGUGCAUCAUCAAACAGUACAACAUCUCUUAUACUCCUCCAAAUGGCACAUCGCACGUCAGAUUUGGCAUCGCGGGAUUCCUCGAGCAAUACGCCAACUUUGCGGACGCGCAAAUCUUCUUUGAACGCUACAAACCGGAGCUCAAGGGCUACAACUUUUCCGUCGAGCUCGUCAAUGGCGGGAAGAACCUUCAGACGUCGGCCCUCUCGGGCCUGGAAGCGGCACUGGACGUGGAAUACGGCAUGGCGAUCGGCCACCCCACUCAGGUGACGUUUUACUCGGUCGGCGGCCACGGCAUGAAGCUCAACGCCUCGGGAAAGCCAUACCCGAACGAGUACAGCGACAACGAGCCCUACCUUGACCUACUCGAGCACCUCCUGAGCAAGCCCGACAGCCAGCUACCGCACGUGCUGUCCAUAUCGUACGCAGACGAUGAGCCCACCGUUCCGCGAGCGUAUGCGGUGAAGGUGUGCACCAUGUUUGGCUUGCUCGCCGCCCGAGGCGUGUCCGUUAUCUUCGGAGCCGGGGAUGGCGGCUCGGCGGGCGGCCGAAAUGCCACUUGCCGAGCAAACGACGGCACGAAUCGGGAGAUGACUAUCGCGACGUUUCCACCGAGCUGCCCUUGGGUCACAGCUAUGGGCGCCGUGACGAACAAAGAGGGCCCUCCACCGGGUGCCGAGUUCAGCAGCGGCGGGUUCUCACAAUUCUUCGAUCGGCCGUGGUGGCAGACGGGCGUGGUUGAGGAAUAUGUUAGGCAGCUGGACGGCCACCUCUCCGGGUACUACAAUCCCAGCAUGCGUGCGCUUCCUGACAUUUCGGUGGUGGGCACGCAGUACACGACGGUUAUUGACGGUCGGCCCGUACAAGUGGACGGCACGAGCGCCAGCGCGCCCGUCUUCGCCGCCAUGAUUGCGCUGAUCAACGACGCAAGGCUUCGUAAGGGGAGGCGCUCGCUGGGCUGGCUCAACAAGAGGCUGUACUCGGAAAAGGUGCGAAACGUCCUAAAUGACACCACAGAGGGCCUGAGUCGGUCCUGCGUGUUCUCGGGAGACAAGAAGCCGGGCGGGUGGCCGGCCAAGAAGGGCUGGGAUGCCAUCACGGGCCUGGGCACGCCGGGUUCAUUUGGUGACCUACUGGGAGUGCUGGUAAAGGAUUGAGGUGAUGGGGGUUCCGAGCAGCGCGCAGUCCCUGGAGACGUGCCCGGAGACUAAUAGUAAUAAUACCUUGGUAGCAUCAGCAUUAGCAACUUAGCAUCAUGAUUUCGGAG